UCCCUCCUCUUUUUUUAGGGAGGGGCUGACACAUGAGUUUGAUGAUGUCCUUCCUUUCGAAAAGGCUUGUACCUCUACUGUUGCACCUGUUACCAGAGCGUUCAGCAUUGUUAAAGUACAUUGGAUGGUAUUGUACGAGGUUAUUGGUCGUUUCUGUAUGGAUUGGAGUCCUAUGGGUCAUACUAGGCAGAGAUUUGUUACCAAGGAGCUCAGUGAAUGAGUAUGAUUGUAUUAAUAUCAAUGAUAGCAUGAAUUAUACUGAUGAAAGCUUAGCUUACAUGCUCCCUUGUAAUAGUACAACAUCAGUGGAGUGUAUUGCUACCAUUGGCAUCAAUGAGUCUUGUAUAUCUCGUCUCACUUUUACGCUAUCUGAUGACAAUCAAUCAACUCAGUCCGGAAUCAUUGAUUUAUAUCAGAGUGUAUCAAAUAAUGAUGAGAAUACUGAUAGUCUAUUAAAAAUCCCCGAAGGGCAUUUCUUUUCGCUGAUGAUUCUCGUCCUCUGCUCUUCAUUCGGUGGCUUUAUAGCUAAAUUAGUUAAAUUACCACCACUGCUUGGGAUGAUGGUGGCUGGGUUUAUUUUAGAAAACACUUCGUCGAUCAUAGAUUGGAUCAGUCCAGUGUGGAGCUCAGUGUUAAGAAACAUUGCUCUAACCAUCAUAUUGAUAAGAGGCGGUCUUGCUCUUGAUGCUAAAAAACUAUGGAAGUUGAAGUUUGUCCUACCAUUACUUGCAAUUUUACCUUGUCUAUUUGAAGGAGGGAUGGACAGUAUUAUAAGUAUAUUCUAUAUUGAUUUACCAUGGCAAUGGGGAUUAACAUUAGGGUAUUUAUUAUCAGCCAUAUCUCCUGCUGUUGUAGUCCCAACAACACUAGUAUUAAGAGAUACAGUUAAAGGAGUAAACGAAGGUAUUGCUACUUUAAUAGUAGCAGCUGCUAAUGUUGACGUAGUCAUUGCUAUAAGUCUUUUCAGUAUAUUCUUAGGACUUAUAUUUUCUGAGGGCAAUAUUAUAUUGGAUGUCUUCAGGGCUCCAAUAGAGCUAACUGUUGGUGUAUUGUAUGGUAUAAUCACUGGCCUACUAAUGUGGGUAUUACCUACAAAACAUCAUACAGAGACUUCUAUGGCAAGGAAUCGUUUCUUUUUAUUGUUUGGGUUUGGUCUCUUGUCGUUGUUUGGUGGUCGCCGGGCGUUGAUAGGCGGGGCCAGUCUUGCAGGAGCAGGCGCACUGGGUACUGUAGUUGUCUCAUUUGUCUCAGUCCAGAAGUACUCAAAUGAAGAUAAAAAAACCUUGUCAAGAUAUUUCUAUAUAAUAUGGCAGUUUGCUCAACCCGUCCUUUUUGGUUUAAUAGGAGCAGCUUUAAACAUAAGCACUAUCAGCGGAGACUUAAUAGGGAAGGCAGUACUGGUUAUAUUAUGUGGGUUGAUCGUGAGAGUUACUGUAGCAAUUUUAGCCGUGACCGGUAACAAGUUUACUAUAAAAGAAAAGAUAUUUAUCGGGUUUUCUUGGCUACCAAAAGCAACAGUCCAGGCUGCAUUGGGAUCGAUACCAUUAGAUCUUGCAAGAGAGAGUGGAAAUAGACAGUUUAUAGAAUAUGGAGAAACGAUACUAACAAUAGCAGUAUUAGCUAUAGUGAUUACUGCUCCAGUUGGUGCUAUCCUUACCAGCCUAUUUGGACCAUACCUUCUUAAACAUGAAGAUAAAGAAAGUGAUGAAUCACUUCAUUCAAACCCUGACCAACCAGUUUCUCCUCCUAUUUCAAACAAGAAUGAUAAUGAUGUACAAAAUGGAGUAACAAAUGAUGAAGAAGAGGGAAUUCAAUGCAUUAAUGAAAAGGAAACGACAGUGUGACUAAAUAUUUAUUGUCUCAUUUUAUAAUAAUAAUAACGACCUAUUUAAUGUAUUGUCAAUUGAUGAAAAAAA